AUGUCCAACUACAACUCCACUACCUGCCAUAAUGACAGUACCGGCCACAUCAACAUGUUCGCUGUGGGCAUGUACUCCUUCAUCGCCAUUGUGGGUCUCAUUUUUAAUCUCAUAGCGCUGGUAUUUUUCUUCAGUUACAGCAAAUCUAAAUCACAAACCAUUGUCUACAUGACCAACCUUGCCAUAGCAGAUUUACUGCUCAUCCUCACAUUGCCCAUGAGGAUAUACUACCAUCUGGGAUUUAAUGGCCUUCCUCAGUGGCUGUGUGAUGGCCUUGGUUUGGUCUUAAAGGCCAACAUGUAUGGAAGCAUAUUUCUCCUCACUUGCAUUUGCUUUGACCGUUGCAUGGCUGUCUCAUUCCCAAUGUCAACAUUAAUCCAGGAAGGGAGAAAGAAAGCACCACUGGUUUGUUUAGGAAUAUGGAUACUCACAUUUGGUGCCAGCCUGCCCAUCUACCUCUCCAAUCGCAACUAUUCUGUCAAUGAACAUUGUUUUGAUAAUCUGCCGAUCUACGCCAUCCAGCUCACGGUGGUUUUACCCACACUGUUGGUGGGGUUUGGGAUUCCGUUAGUCAUCAUGCUGAUCUGCUCCUGGUGUAUGGUCCGUGCUAUCCGUCAAAGCACUGUGGUCCAGACCAACCUGGUGGAUAGCAGAAAGAUCCAGAGGAUGAUUGCCACCAGCAUCCUUAUUUUCGUACUUAGCUUCCUCCCUUACCAUGCCACCUUGGUUCUCCUCUCGAUGUAUAGAGCAAAUACACCAUGCCCCAUACUAGCUGCAUACCGUUACAGCAUGAUGGUGGCAUGUCUCAACACAGUACUAGAUCCUGUUGCAUAUUAUUUCACCACAGACACCUUCAGGAAGAACUUAGACUUAGGUACUGUUCGGCAGAUGUUCCCUUUGAAUACUCAAAGUUCUGAGGGGAACAGCAGGAGCAGAGUGCCUGCCAACAGCUAAUGGACUGCUGAAGAACAGAGCUGUAACACUCAAGAGACACAGCUGUCCAAAAACUUGCCAUCAACAAAACAAUUAAGACUUGGAUUUGACUUUAUAAAUGCAAAAAUUAGAACAAUGACAUUUGA